AUGGACGAAAGACCUCCCAGACGCCCUCGGGCGAAAUCUGAAGCGCCAAGACGACUGCGAGAUCCAGCAGAAGCAGCCUCAUCACCCACCAGGAGCACUCCCGCAGCGCGUCGCGCGGAAUUCAUCUCACCUACAAGACGAGCCUCUGCCCUGGAAGGCCCGGAAGCAUCAGGGCCAGCCAAUUCUGGCAUCCGGCGUCGAAGCACAGCCGCGUCUCGACGCAGCGGAGUACCCAGCCUCACAUCUCGCACGACGCUGGCAGAGCGAACACAAGGGAAAUUCACUCUGGCCGGUCCAGAGGAAACACCUCAGCUUAGACUCGCUCACGAGCCCUUCGUGCAUCCAGGAUACACAGAACUCAACCCUGCCUACGAGCAGCCCGCCAACGCAAAGCCAGUAUGGAGUUUAGCGAAGCCCCUGCCGCGUGUGGUGCGGCCGGGCAUGGUUCCCACCAAGGAGGAGUUACUGGAGGCGCGUGCGAACGCCCAGUUGCCGGCGGAGAACUCGCAGAAGAUGGGGCUGGAGGUUGAUCCUAAUGAUCUCGAGGCUGGUCAGAUUGAGAAGACCGCGGAUCCGCGCAAGAUGGCCGCGCAGGUGGAGGAUGCGCGGGUGCAGCGGGAGAACAACUUCGUCAAUAAGAUACUGACCGGGGAGACCAUGUCAACCCGGCGGUUAUCGCGUACUUCGUCCGCUCGUAUGCGGCGUCCCUCAUACGUGGAGGGAGCGGUGGACCAGUUAUCGACCUUAGAGGAAGGUGAGCAUCCGGCGGAGACACAGCCUGAAGUCCCCGGCCAGCCACAGUCUCCCCAGGCGCAGCAGGAGCUCACUGCUGAACCUCUGCAGCCUGUGCCAGAGGAGAUCGACCCACAUCUAGUCGAACACGAACAGGAGGACGAACACGAGGACGAGCACGAGGACAAGGAUGACAUGAGCGUCUUUCCUACGCUUGACCAUGCGGCGUACCCGGAAGACCUGCACCCGCUCGUCCAGGAGCUUGUUGAGGAAGAAGUGCACAAUAACCACACGACCUGGGCCGUCAUCCGUACGCACCACCGCGAGGAGCUUGCCGAGGCACUGGCGGUCUUCGUCCAGCUAACCGUCGGCCUGUCUGCGGAUCUGUCCGUGACACUGGCCGGCGCAGGGAAUCCCAACACCACUGCCUGGGCGUGGGGAUUCGCCGCCAUGAUGGCCAUCUACAUUUCUGGUGGGGUGUCCGGUGCGCACCUCAACCCGACCAUCACCAUUAUGUUGUGGUUCUACCGCGGGUUCCCCAAGCGGAAGAUGCCGGCUUAUUUCGCGGCGCAGUACCUGGGUGCCUUCAUAGCCGCGCUGUCAGUGUACGGGCUGUACUACCACUCCAUCCAGCAUUAUUUAUCCACCAACGCACCCACCGAUAUCAUCAACAGCUUCAUCACCAGCCAACGGCAAACCUGGAUUGGACCCGCGACUGCCUUCUUCAAUGAAUUCCUCGGAACGCUGUGUCUGACCGUAACUGUCCUUGCACUGGGCGACGAUCAGAACGCUCCCCCCGGAGCAGGCAUGAACUCGCUCAUCAUCGGCUUCGUCGUUGCGUGUCUCAGCAUGACAUUCUCGUAUCAGACAGGCGCAGCAUUCAACCCCAGCCGGGACUUUGGGCCGCGGCUGGCACUGCUGGCGCUGGGAUACGGGGGAGAGCUGUUCACGAAUCCGUACUGGUUCUAUGGGCCGUGGGCGGGAUCCUUGACCGGUUCGUUUAUGGGGGCGUUCCUGUACGAUUUUAUGAUCUUCACGGGAGGUGAAUCCCCUAUCAACUAUCCAUAUGAGAGGACGCGGAGGGCGAUGCGAAAGAGUAGGGCGAAGUGGAAGAGGAGGCUGCAUUUAGGGAGGGAGAAGCAGUUCAUCCAGUAG